AUUUGCCGCUCAAUGCCUGAUUUGUCAUAGCCUACUCCAACAGUCCCAAGGGAAAUUGACUCGGUCCUGUUAUCGACCUGCAAAACCCAGCUAGAAUUCCACCCAGGACUUGCAGGUCACAGAAAUGGAGGAGAAACCAGACAACGAAUCACCAACAUCCCCUCCAAAAAUCUCACCUCCAUCUUCUACGUCAACUCCUUCCAGCUCCAAAUCUUCAAUUCGAACCAGGAAUAUGGAGAAAAGCCGGGAUGCAUUAGCUCUCCCCUUGUACGCUGAUGCGGGAAAUGAGUCCCCGAACAAGAAUUGGAGUUCUGGCCCUGCAUUGCUUCCUGCCGGUUCUCCAGCCCAGCAGUCGACACUCAGUUCUCCAGCGGGAUUGGAAUUUCACAAGAAACGGACGCGCUCCAAUGAGUUUAGCAAAUUGGGCUCUGAGGAGGCAGGAUCACCUACCACGAAAGAGAAGUCGCUAGCUUUGCCGGAAGCCAAACUGAAGACUUAUAAUUUGAGAAACAAGUGCUCGAAACCAGCCAUUUCUACUUCAGGUGGAAAGAAAUGCUUGAAAUCUCGACAGUAUAAGAGAAGCAAUUCCCCGGAGGUCACAUCAAAGAGUGAAGCUUUGAAUGGAAAUGGAUUGGUUAGCGAAGAUGGGAAUGAAAUUGUAUCUAAGAGAAUUGAUUCUCCUAAGAGCUCCUUUAAGAAAAAAGCUGCCGUUAGUAAAGAUGAAUGGAUGGCUACUGUUUCAAGUGAUUCAGCUGAAUCAUCUGGAGAAAGAAGAUCUCCAGAUAAGAAUGUGAAGAGUUUAAAGUGCUUAAGGUCCCAAAGGAACAAGUUUGGAGUGGUUUCUGAAAGAAAGGUAACGAGAACAUCUGCACUGGGUAAUGGGCGUGGUUCUGAGAGUAAAGAGUUGGCAUCAAAAGGAAAUGUGUCACAUACCACCUUGAAAAGCGUGAAGAACAAUCAUAGUCUCAAUGUCUGUUUUGUUGGGGAGCCUAUACCUGCAGAAGAAGCCCAAGAGAGGUGGCGAUGGCGGUAUGAUUUGAAGAGUCUAAGAAGAAAUAAACGAGGGCAGAUUCUAAGUGCCGACGAAGAAGAUGAAGUAAUAUUGAAUGUCGGCUGCCACUAUGCUCAAGCCAACAUUUGUGGCUUUAUUUUGAAUAUUGGAGAUUGUGCAUUUAUAAAGGGUGAAGGUGCGAAAAAACACGUUGGCAGGAUCCUGGAGUUUUUCGAAACGACAGAAGGAGAAGAUUAUUUUCGGGUGCAAUGGUUUUUCAGAGCUGAAGAUACGGUUAUGAAAGAUGCAGCUACUGUACAUGAUAAAAGACGAUUAUUUUACUCGACUUUAAUGAAUGAUAAUUUACUAGACUGUAUUAUUUCCAAAGUAAAUGUAACCGAGAUCUCACCAGGGCUUGAUUUUCAAGUUGACAAUAUUCGACCAUCAGAUUUCUACUAUGACAUGGAGUACUGCAUUGAUUAUUCAACAUUCCGUAACUUGCCAACUGUUUGUUCAGCCAAUAACUGGACAUCUCCUUCAUUAAUCGAUGCACUAUACGAGCCAAUUUCAGCUUAUCCGGUGGAACACAGGAGAAGUUGUGAACCUGUGAAAGUGAAAUGGUCACUACUAGAUCUCUAUGCUGGAUGUGGGGGUAUGUCUACUGGAUUGUGCCUAGGUGCCAAGCUCUCUGGUAUUAAUCUGGUGACUAAAUGGGCUGUUGAUUGUGAAAAGUCUGCAUGCGAUAGUCUCAAAUUAAAUCAUCCUGAGACACAUGUUAGGAAUGAACCUGUCGAGAACUUCCUGAAACUAGUACAAGAAUGGGAAAAUCUCUGCAAAGUUUAUGGAUUAAAUGAUUCAAAACUUGGCCCUGAUGUAAUGUUAGAGGACAUGGAAGAAGGUGGAGACACUAUUGUUUAUCUGCCUGAUUCUGAUGAUUCAGAUGCAGAGUAUGAAAUUCUUCGCUUGGUAGAUAUCUGCUUUGGAGAUCCUAAUGGUACGGGAAAGUCUGGUAUACAUUUUCAGGUGCGUUGGAAAGGCUUUGGAUCAAGUGAAGAUACAUGGGAGCCCAUUGAUGGGUUAAAAAAUUCAAAGGAGAGCAUUGAUGAUUUUGUGAGAAGGGGGAAAAUAUCAAAAAUACUACCUCUUCCGGGUGAUGUUGAUGUGAUAUGUGGGGGGCCUCCUUGUCAAGGUAUUAGUGGCUAUAAUCGCCACAGAAAUGUCAAUGCCCCAUUGGAAGAUGAAAGAAACCGCCAAAUCAUUAUAUUUAUGGAUGUUGUUGAAUUCUUAAAGCCUAAGUAUGUCUUGAUGGAAAAUGUUAUUGACAUAUUAAGGUUUGAUAAUGGUUCACUUGGACGAUAUGCUUUAAGUCGUUUGGUGCGUAUGAGAUACCAAACAAGACUUGGCAUUCUUGCAGCUGGUUGUUAUGGUCUUCCACAAUUUCGUUUACGUGCUUUCAUAUUGGGGGCACUUCAUACUGAGAAAUUGCCUCCAUUUCCCCUCCCUACACAUGAUGUUAUUUUCAGAUACGGGUAUCCAUCUGAAUUUGAGCGCAAUGUUGUUGCUUAUGAUGAAGGACAACCUCGUGAACUUGAGGAAGCCCUUGUUCUUCAGGAUGCUAUAUCUGAUCUUCCAGCUGUUACAAGUCGUGAAAUUCGUGAAGAAAUGCCAUAUUGUAUGCCCCCGGAGUCCGAUUUCCAGAAAUAUAUUAGAUUACCCAAACAUGAGAUAAUGGGUAGUACUCCAUCUUCUGAAGUUAGAAAAAUGAAAGAUCACAUCUUAUAUGACCAUCGACCUCUUCUACUGUCUGAAGAUAAUAUCACGCGAGUUUCUCUAAUCUCUCACAGAAAGGGAGCAAAUUUCUUGGAUUUUCCUGGAGUCAUUCUUGUGAAUAAUACUGCUACUCGUGAUCCGAAUAAAGAACCAGUAUUACUACCAUCAGGAAGGCAACUUGUCCCGGAUUGUAUCUUCACUUUUCAGCAAGGGAAAUCUAAGAGGCCAUUUGCAAGAUUAUGGUGGGAUGAGACAGUGUCAACCCUCGUGACAUUCCCCAAUAUCUUCAGCAAUGCCAUUUUACAUCCUGACCAGGACCGAGUUCUCACUAUACGUGAGUGUGCAAGACUGCAAGGGUUUCCUGAUUUCUAUAGAUUUUGUGGUACUGUUCCCGAUAGGUACUGCCAAGUUGGAAAUGCUGUUGCCGUUCCUGUUGGGCGUGCCCUUGGAUAUGCACUUGGAAUUGCUUUCCAGAGGUUAUGUGGCGAUGAACCACUGAUCAAACUACCACCAAACUUCACAUUCUUACAGCCCUCGAUUGACAAAAUAGAGAAAUAAAAUACAUUCUUUGAUUGCUAGAGAUAGUCUUGAUCAGUUAGUUGAGAAUCAUGAUCAUAUUUGUAUUGCCCUCUGGGGUAGUCCAGUAGUCGGAGGUGAAAAUGGUUUGUGCGGCAUCCUGUGUUCGAAUUCUUGGUAGAGCAUGUACCUACAAGCUACAGACUAAUGUGGGAAGAUGAUUGUAUAAAAUAGAGCUGCUGCUACCCAAAGACCAUAUUGAUAUCAACCUCAAAUUUACCUGCAUGGGUAGGACAGGUAAACGGAGUCCAAGAUUAGUCUGACAAGGCCAAAACCUUAAUUAAAAAAUGAACAUGUCUGUAUUUGUUAUUGUACUAUUAGAAACCCUGUAUUUGGUGUAUUGUGCUUUAGUGUAUGAGGUCUGUAUUUUUCCCAUUCUUUUCCUGUAUUUAGGCACAUUGUAAAAGUUUAUUCAUAGAUUUAUUUAUAAAAAUAUCAUAAAGAACAUCUUUGGUUGG